AUAUAGAUUUCUGUGUGUCAAAUAUAUAAAUUUGUGAUUAGUAGUCCAACUGUAACUGUGAUGUUGGUAUUCUCAGCUGUCAAUUGACAGAAUUGAAAAUAUAAUAUAAAUUAUUUAGAAAAAUGUUAAACACAUUGCGAACUAUUGGCAAUGGCCUAAGAAGAACCCUUGGUUCCCGAAGUAUUCAAACAACUUCCGCCCUUCAACAUGAUAGUUUGUUCGUACACAGAGACUCCCCUGAGGAUAAUGUCGACAUGCCAUGGGAAUUUACCCCAGACAAUCAAAAAAGAGUUGAAGCAAUUUUGGCAUGUUAUCCUGAGGGACAUAAGAGAGCUGCCAUGAUUCCAUUGCUGGAUCUUGCACAAAGACAGCAUGGAUGGUUACCAAUUUCUGCCAUGCAUAAAGUGGCAGAAAUUUUGAAGCUGCCCAACAUGAGAGUUUAUGAAGUUGCGACUUUUUACACAAUGUUCAUGAGAAAACCAACAGGUAAGUACCACUUGCAAGUAUGCACGACAACACCUUGUUGGUUGAGAGGCUCUGAUGAAAUCCUUGAAACUGUCAAGAAUGAAUUGAACUUGGGAGUUGGUGAAACUUCUAAGGAUGGUCUGUUCACUAUCUCUGAAGUUGAGUGUCUGGGAGCAUGUGUUAAUGCCCCAAUGAUCCAAAUUAAUGAUGACUAUUAUGAAGAUUUAACUGUGAAAGACACAAAGGAAAUUUUAAAUGAUCUUAAAAAUGGAAAGAAACCUGCACCAGGUCCAAGGAGUGGAAGGUUUGCAGCUGAACCAAUUGGAGAACCAACUUCUUUGAAAUGCGACCCACCUGGCCCAGGUUUUGGAGUUAGAAGUGAUUUGUAAAAUAAAAAUUGUUCAUUAAUGUAUAUGAUUAAAUAAAUAUUAAAUAUUUAGUAUAA